GAAGGCGGGACCUACAUGCGUAUACAUCAACAUCAACCUCUUUAUCACGCUGAUCAUGAUUUCGCACGCGGGCGGCAUUUUAUGCCAUCGACGCGCACGUUGCGCAGGAGGGAUUCCGCCAUGCCAGCUGAUGGGGGCGCCGACCCUGCCGCUGACAGAACUUUUCUCUGCCCCCCGCGAUCGCACGACGGUCGAUGAGCUGCGCUCCUGGCGGGGAUGAACGCGCCGCUGCGGCCGAUAGUUGACGGGGAUGUCGAGCGCUUGAAGGCGCUGUGCAUCUUCAUCGCGUGCAACGUGCUCUGCUACGGCAUCCAUGUCGCGCUUUUCGUCUCGGCGAUGUCUGUGCUGGCCCGACGCUCGCGGAUGGGCAGCUUCGUCCCCAUCAUUACCACCACCAUCUUCCUCCUCGCCACCGCUUGGCUGAUCUCGACCUUCAACUACACCCUCAUCCGCGUGCCUGUUCCCCCACGUCCCGAGGACGCCGCUCUCGCGAUGCGACUCAACAAGACCGACCUCACCCUAUCCCGCAUCAACGUACGCCGCGUUCUGUGCCCCAUGGAGUCCGGGCUCACUCUCGAACAGGCCAUCUUGUCUGACUUGAUAGUUGUCUGGCGCGCCUGGGCGCUCUGGCCCGAGAGCGUGUUCGUCAAGUCGCUGCUAGCGUUCUGCAUGGCCGGUACUGUUGCCGGUACUCUCGGCGACAUCGUCCUGGUCCAUAUGGGCGGGUCGACUCGCUCCAUGCAGUUGGCGCGCCUCCUCCUGAGCAUCCUCCCCAUCCUGCUCACCAACAUCGUUGCAACUGUGGUCGUGAGCGUCAAGGUCUGGGAGUAUCGCCGGACGAUUAGGGAUUACCUCGCGCAACCGACGAGCACGCCUAUCGAGAACGUUCUGCUCCUAAUUGUCGAAUCCGGCGGCCUAUAUAUUGCCAUCUGGGUCAUCUUCCUCCUCCUCUGCCUCUCCGACCUCCCCGCGGCCUUCGGCGCCGGCGGUCCCACAUCGCCCGCGUACCUCAUGGGUAGCAUCAUUCCCUCGCUCUCGGGCAUAUACCCGACCGCCAUCAUCAUCAUCACGGCCAUGCAGACCUCGCCCGAGGCGUCGCUCGCAACCAUCGACCUCCAAGCCGUCACUAUCGAAUUCUCGAGACCUCCGGAGCUCCAGACGACCCCGCAGGAGGAAGACUGUAUACCGCUUGAGACCAUGCCUCCUGGCGCAGGGAGGCGGAGGUCUUCCAGCGUCAGUGCUAAAGCGGCGAGUGAUCGAUAUAGUCUCUCAUGAUCUGCAACGCUCUUGUUGUCGCGGUUGUAUGCCAUGUAGUGCUUUGCUUUCGAUGCCUUGUACUUGUACAUCAAUUCUUGCACCUGUGAAGACACGAAUUACUGUGUCUCUAAUCCUCGAACGCCAAUCACCGCCUACGAGUCCGUCC